AUGUUUGAUCCCAAGGUGCAUGUGAGAUACUUUCUGCGGUGUCUAGGAAUUUUGCCUUCAAUCUACGAAGGUGAAGACUCCAACAAGCUCGCGCUGAUCUAUUUCUGUGUGUGUGGACUGGACCUGCUCGGUGCGCUUGACCAGCUGUCCGGGAAGGCCGCGACGAUCGAGUGGGUGUACAAACACUGGGUCGCGAUCGACGACUACGGUGGGUUCCGCGGGUCUGACAUAUACAGGGACACCGGGCCGUACGAUGUGCCGAAUCUUGCGGCCACUGGGUUUGCAUUGCAAAUUCUGGUGACGCUGGGCGACGAUCUUUCUCAGGUCGAUAAAAACAAGGUUCGCCGGUUUGUGGAACGGUGCCAGCGGCCCAACGGCUCGUUCAGCCCGGUGGUGGGGUUUGGCGAGGAGGACCUGCGCUACUGCAUGCUUGCGAUGACGAUCAGCCGGCUGCUAAACGGCUCGGCGGUGGACAGCAGCCGACUUCUACAGUAUGUGCGGUCGACGCUCGCCUUUGACGGGGGACUGUCUAUGAGCGCAGGCGGCGAGUCACACGCGGGACUGACGUACUGCGGGCUGGCUGCGCUCAAGCUGGCGGGCAAACUGGAUGUGUGCGAGUGGCAGCCGACGCUGGAUUUCCUGGUGCAUCGGCAAAUCCACUACGGCGAGUUCAAUAAGGGCGAGCUGGAAAACGAGUAUGCGGACGAGGACGACAACGGCGCGUUCAACGGCCGUGUGAACAAGUACGGCGACACAUGCUAUGCGUUCUGGUGUCUCGCGUCGCUGGAACUGCUGGACAAAACCGAGCUGGUGGACGGCGAGGCCGUUAAACGGUUCCUGCUGGAGCAGACGCUGUCGCCAACAAUGGGCGGGUUCUGCAAAACGAACGCGCCGGACGAGCUGCCAGACCCGCUGCACUCUGGUGUUACGGAAGGAUAGAGUGGUGGUCUAGAAUAUAUACAGAUUAGCGGUCGGGCCCGAACUUGAUGAUCUCCUCGUAGAUGGCCCACGCAAUUGCCGCACUGAAGGCCUUCCUGCUGAUCCGGAGCGAGAUGCCGUCGAACAGAUGCGUCCAAUGGCUGGCUACCAAAACGCGGCAUGUUUGCCAGAACGUCGGGCACGUGUGCGGAUUCAGCUGCAUGUUGGUCUUGAUGGUGUCGAAUGGCGAUGUGAGCGCGGUGGCCAUGCACGCAGCCACGAGAGCAGAGCAGGAGUUGAUGGCUGUCGACAUCGAGGUGGUGUAGAGGUGUGUGCGAGAGGCGUCUGUGUCGGAUACCAACAGCGGGGCCCAGCUCUUGCAUUUCUGGUAGAAGAGCACGUACAGCCCAGCAUAGGGGCAGUCACGCAGACACGUUGCACCGUAGCCGCGGAAAAAGCCUGCCAGGCCCUCGUUUUGCAGGAUCUGUUUCAUGGCGUCGGAUAGAGAAGCGUAUUGGUACAGACUAGACUCGAAGCGUACUUUCAGGAUGGUGAUCGGCAUUGUGAGCAGGCCGACAAGGCCGCGGGUGACUGCGCCGGCGGCCAAGUCGAGCGAGGACGAGAGUUUGGGCAAUUUCGACGACGAGGGCAGGGUAUCUGUUUGGGGCUGCAAUUUGACGAGGCUAGUUCGCACAGCAUUAAGGGAGGUGAGAUACAGGGCGGAGCCGAUGGAGGUUCGCAACGCGCUGGGCAGCGUCCCGCGCCAGAGCUCUAGCGGCGAGCGGAUCUGGACAAGGACCUUUUUGAAGGACGUUUUGUCCUGCUGGAUCCGCGUCUUUAGCAGGUCCAGCGGCUGCAAACACACGGCCGAUGUGAGACCGCCUGUGAACCCGGCAAUGAGGUGUGUAUAAU